AUGGUGUUCGAAAAACACCCUCUGGUCGCGCGAGCGAGCGACGACAACAACUCGCCUUCGCUGUCCAGCUUGCUCACCGUCCUGAUCCCCUCUUUUGUCAUUGCAGCGGUAAUGGUGCUUGCCUUCAUCAUCCUGCGUAAGCGUUUCCGCAGAAUGUAUAUGCCCCGAACCUACAUUGGAUACCUCAAGCCCUGGCAACGUACCCCCGACUCGCCCACCGGCGCAUGGAACUGGAUCAAGGCCAUGUACAAACUUCCCGAUACUUACGUCCUGCAACACCACUCAAUGGAUGCCUACCUGCUGCUGCGCUUCCUGAAGCUCUGCUCCGUCAUUUUGUUCGUCGGCUGCUGUAUCACUUUCCCCAUCCUGUGGCCGGUCAAUGCUACCGGUGGUGGUGGUCAGGUGCAGCUGAACUUGCUGAGUAUCUCCAAUAUCGCCAAGACCCAGUACGCUCGCUACUUUGCGCAUUGCUUCGUCGCUUGGAUCUUUGUCUCCUUCGUCUUCUUUAUGAUCACCCGUGAACACCUCUUCUACAUCAACCUGCGCCAGGCAUACCUCUUCUCGCCUGCCUAUGCUAGCCGCAUCUCUUCCCGCACCGUGCUCUUCACCGCGGUCACUCCCGAUCUGCUCGAGAAGGAGAAGGUUCGCACCAUGUUCGGUCGCGACAAGGUCAAGAACGUCUGGAUUGCGACUGAUACCAAGGAACUCGAGGAGAAGGUUAAAGAGCGCGAUAGUGCCGCGAUGAAGCUCGAGGGUGCCGAGACCAAGCUUAUCGUCAUGGCUAACAAGGCGCGCAACAAGGCGCUGAAGAAGCAGGGUUCGGCUGAGAACCCCGAGACCGACAUUGGUGAUGGUCAAUUCGAUGACGAGUCUGGCUCUGUCGCUGCUCGCUGGGUCGAGGCUAAGAAGCGUCCUACCCACCGUCUGAAGAUGCUUAUUGGCAAGAAGGUCGACACUAUCAACUGGGCCCGUUCUGAGAUUGAGCGUCUUACUCCCGAGAUCGCGGAACUGCAGGCCAAGCACCGCGCCGGUGAGACUAAGCUCGUGUCCUCUAUCUUCGUCGAGUUCUACCGUCAGUCCGAUGCCCAGUCUUCUUUCCAGUCUGUGGCACACAACCUGCCUCUCCACAUGAGCCCUCGCUACAUCGGUCUUGACCCCACUCAGGUUAUCUGGGCCAACCUUCGCAUCAAGUGGUGGGAGCGCCUCGGUCGCCAUGCUGCCACCAUCGGUUUCAUUUGUGCUCUGAUCAUCUUCUGGGCCAUUCCCACCGCUGUCGUCGGUGCCAUCUCCAACAUUGACUCCUUGACCGACAGGGUUCACUUCCUGAGGUUUAUUGACUCCGUUCCUAGCUGGAUUAAGGGUGUCAUCACCGGUCUUUUGCCCACCGUCCUGAUGUCUGUCCUGAUAGCCUUGGUGCCUAUCAUCAUGCGUCUGAUGGCCAAGUGGGGUGGCGCGCCUAGCUUGGCUGCCGUUGAAUUGACCGUGCAGAACUGGUUCUUCGCUUUCCAGGUCAUUCAGGUUUUCCUGGUUGUCACACUCGCUUCCGCAGCUACCAGUGUCGUUACUAAAAUCAUUUCGAACCCUUCUUCGGCUGCUUCCCUGCUCGCCGAGAAGAUUCCUCUCGCGUCUAAUUUCUACAUUUCCUAUAUCAUUCUACAGGGUCUGUCUUUCAGCGCCGGUGCUCUUCUCCAAAUUGCCGGUCUUAUUGUUGGAAAGAUCCUUGGUACACUCUUCGAUACCACUCCCCGUAAGAUGUACAAACGCUGGUCGAGCUUGGCCGGUCUCGGCUGGGGAACUGUUUACCCUGUGUUCACGCUGUUGACUGUUGUCGCCAUUACCUACUCUUGCAUUGCGCCCCUCGUCAUGGGCUUUGGUACCAUUGGUCUCUACCUGUUCUACUUCGCCUACCGGUACAAUGUGCUGUACGUGUCCAACGCCACCAUUGACACCCAGGGUAGAUGCUACACCCGUGGUUUGCAGCACCUCACUGUCGGCUGCUACCUCUCCAUCGUCUGUCUGAUCGGCCUAUUCGCCAUCGGCUCCGGCGCCGACCAGAUCGCCGUCGGCCCCUUGGUCCUGAUGAUCAUCUUCCUGGUCUUCGUUAUCCUGUACCACAUCUCGUUGAACAGUGCCAUGGAGCCCCUCCUCAACUACCUUCCCAAGAACCUCGAAGCCGAAGAGGAAGCCCUCCUGGCUGCCGAGCGCAACAGCCUCUCCAAGUCCCCCUCCGACGAUCUCUCUGCCCCUACUGGCUCCACCGUCGCCCCCCGCGAUAGCGGUGUGAACAUGGACAACGGCGUCGACUCCGCGGAGAAGGGGCUGACCGCUUCCCCCGCCGAGCCCAAGCCCAACUUCCUCACCAAGUUCCUCCGUCCAGACAAGUACGCCAGCUACCACCACCUGCGCAAGCUCGUCCCCUCCGCCGACCCAACCACCUACGUGGCCGAGACCGAGCGCGACGCCUACUGCCAUCCCGCCAUCACCUCGGAGCCCCCACUCCUCUGGAUCCCGCGCGACCCGCUCGGCGUGUCCUCUCAGGAAAUCGCACACACCUCGCGCGUUAUCUCCAUCACCGACGAGGACGCCUAUCUCGACGAGAAUUGCAAGAUCAAAUGGAACGAAGAGAAGGGCGAGCCCCCCAUCUACGAGGAGAAGCCCGCUUACUAG